AGCGUCUCUCCUCGUGAAGUCGUUUCCUUUUCAGUGCAAACCAGCUAAAGCGCUCUCUCUCUCUCCCCUCUCCCUCGUGAGCGAGCUUUAUAUAAUUUCUUCUUCAGGGUCCUGGUGAAAUAUCCCUAGCAGCUCUUUUAGCUUUCCAAGUGAAGAUAGCAAUGGGCGGAGGCGAACACCACCGUGGAUUGGGGGGCUCGGCGGAGCCGCCGAUGUCGGUGGUGGCUCCGGAGACCAUGUACGCCGAGAGGCAGGAGCGGUGGACGCACUUCGACGACUCGGUGAACGCGGUGUCGUUCGGGUUCGUGGCCACGGCCAUCCUCAUCUCCAUGUUCCUCCUCAUGGCCAUCUUCGAGAGGUUCCUCAGGAGCCGCACAACUUCGUCGUCGUCGUCGCCGCCGCCGCCGCCAACCCCGUCGGAUUCUUCUCCUGGUCGGAGUACGACGCGUUCGGACGUGGAGUCUCAAAUAGCGUUGCCGCAGAAGCUUCAUCUUCUCUCUUCUCCCAAAAUGAGCGUGUAUGCAAAUGGUGUAUCGGUGUUGAUGCCCGGAGAGCAAAUACCCACCUUCCUCGCCCACCCUGCUCCUCCUCCCCCUCCUCCAAUGCCACCGCCGCCCCCACCGCCUUGUCCUAAAGAGCCCGUUUCUCAGCCUCUCCAUCAACAGCACGACCACUCCUUGCACCUCCACUGUCUUUCAACAUCCAUUGGGAGCUAGCAAUGGAACCAGUUGACCAGAAGCUUGUAUGUUAGGUCCACUGACACGUGCAUGACGAGACGACCGGACCGCUUACACAAUGUCCUGACUCGGGCAGACGCUUUCAGAACCAGGAAAUGUCUGAACACAACGUGCUCCAGAGAAACUGCUGGUCUCUUCCACUCUCUCUGGUUUUUUCCCAGUUGAUCUUUUACUUCUGUGAUCGUGGGAAUCGUGGAAGGAAGACUCGGGAAGUUUUCCAUCACUAAACUGAACUGACCCUCGCCAUUUCUAAGUGUCUAGAUAGAGAGCGCUUGUUCAAGUCUUGGGUUCUCACGUUUGCAUUUUGGGCAGAAGUCUGUACUUAUCUUUGGGCCAGAGAGGAAGUGACCUUUAGCAACUUCAUUCGGCUUGAUAGAAAUCUUCAUAAUCAGAAGCUACUUGGGCGUA